UUUAUCUUUAAACCGUUCCAGCUCGCCCAUUCCAUAUUCUCACUUGCUCCGGCUAAUUACCGCCUUUAAGAAUGUUGUAUUUUGGUUCGUAGCAUAGUGUCUAAAGAAAUGGGGAAACUACUUUUUAUUGACCUGAAAUUUGAGGGGUGUAUACAGGAAGCGGACUAUGCUUCAAAGUUUUAUUGACAUUUCAUGGCAAUUGUCUGAAAUGCACUUAAAAUUGUGUAAAAUGCAAAAGUUGUCUAAUUUGACACGUUUUUGCAAACCGUCCUUAUCAUAUAUUGCCCCAAGCCUAAUACGAUUCGACGCCUGGUGAUCAUCUGGAUUGUGCUGGCUCUAACAGACUUCUGAGGCAUUUUUCACCAGGGUGGUUCUUUCAUAGGAAUCUGCAAACUUAGUUUUCUUGGAUCGUUAUGUUUAAUCUAGUUUCCCCACACCACCAUCACCCGUCUGCUUCUGUUCCUAUAAUCCAUGUAGGUCGACUGCAGCCAAGUGCCUGGAUUGCCUGUCGAAGCUUUGCUUUUUCGAAGAAGAAAGGUAUACAUAAUGUCGUACCCACUUACGCUGCACAUCAUUGGAGGCCAAGGUGGAAAUGCCUUCUCGUUUGAUGGAAGGAGCAAUGCGGCCACACUGCAGAAACUCUCCGUGAGCGUUGGAGGCUGGCAAGUGAGGGGUGUGGAGGUGUGGCUGACUGACGGGCAAAGGCAGAAAUUCGGCACCGUGGACUCCUCUGCUCAGCAGUUUGAAUUCCAGUCGGGCGAGUUCAUGUCGCAGCUCUCCCUGUGGGGCAAUGGGGCCGGCACGCGUCUGGGUGCCAUAAAGUUCAGAACGAGCUGCAACCGCGAGUUCUUUGCCAAGAUGACGGACUGGGGGCUCAAGACCGAGUACAAGAUCGACGUGGGCUCUGGCAUCUGCUUGGGCGUUCAGGGCCGAGCAGGGGCUGACAUCGACUCCAUGGGCUUCCUUUUCAUCAAUGCUGUAAAGUCGUCGGUGAUCCAAAACAUGAAGUACCCAACUAUGCACCAGGUUCUGCCUAACGUGCAGAUGGAGGAGAUUAAAGACAUGGAGUACAUAAACGACACCAGCGUCGUGCAGUCUCACACCUUCGAGAGCUCCAAGACGAUAACCAAAAAGUCGUCGUGGUCUACGACCAACAACAUCGAGUCCACCUUCAGCCUGAAGGUGUCUGCAGGCAUUCCCUUAAUUAUGGAGGUGGAGACCGGGUUCAGCUUCACCUUGAGCUCUGAGACCACGCACGCAUUGGAGAACUCUGAGGAGCGGACGGAAACUCUCUCGUUCCCUGUCUCGGUUCCUCCGCGCAAGACUGUCACUGUUGUCGCCAAAAUCGGGCGUGCAAACAUCGACCUCCCGUACACGGCCCUGCUGCGCAUCACCUGCAUGAACGGUGCUGUCUUUGACGUUCCCCUGAGUGGCGUCUACAAGGGGCUCACCUACACCAAAAUGACCGCCCGUGCUUCUGAGAAAUAG